UUCUCUCCUCCACCGUCUCUUUUUUCCCUCCAAAAACCAUGAGGAGCACCAGCAGCAGUCGCCUGAUUGCUUCACCACUCAUUCUUCAACCCAUCACAUCUCCAAAACACAAACCCUGCAAACCCAUUUUCCUCACAACUACCACUCCCAAAACCCUAACCCUGAUUUGCAGAAUCGAAAACAGACCCACCACCAACAAAACCACCAUGGAUAACCCCAAAUCCAACAAACCCACUCGCACUAGAAACCCUAGAAAAUCAUCCUACGGUACCUCUAGGAGGUCCAUUAUCAAGAAGUCCUUCAGCCAAGAACAGGUAAUAUUCACUGGUCCACUCUCCGAUGAUCCUAUCAUUGCUAUAAUUGGCGGAGGGAUGUCAGGUCUUGUUUGUGCUCUCAAUUUGGAAAAGAGAGGGAUUCGCUCCACAGUUUUCGACACGGGGCUCCAUGGGUUGGGAGGAAGAAUGGGAACUAGAAUAAUUGAUCCACAACCUUUGAUAUUUGACCAUGCGGCUCAGUUCUUUACCGUCAGUGAUCCUCAAUUUGCUAAGUUGGUCGAUGGAUGGUCUGAGAAAGGUCAGGUUCAACAGUGGGAGGGUACAAUUGGAGAGCUUGAAGUGGGUGGUCGGUUUGUUCCACUUCCUUCUUCUCCCCCAAGAUAUAUAGGUGUUAAUGGGAUGCGCCCCCUUGCAGAUUCUAUACUGUCUCAGACUCGUAUGAUUGAUGUAGUUCGACCUUGCUGGAUCAGCAAACUUGAGCCAUGUAAUGGGAUGUGGCACUUGAGUGAAAAUGGUAAACCUCGCGGGCAGUUUGAUGCCCUUGUCAUUGCACAUAAUGGAAAGUGUGCGAAUCGGUUGCUUGCUUCAUCAGGCUUACCACUUAUUGCAAGACAAAUGAAGGUACAUCAAGAACCUUUUGUUUGUGUAUAUGAAUUGUGGUAUUUAUUUAUUUAUGUCCUCAUGUGUGUUUAGGAUCAAAGAUUUAUU